AUGUACGUCUUCCGGCUGAUCAAUGUCAUCCUUGAAACUCCGGCUGAAAUGCCCUCCCCUCAACGUAUUGGCCACGCUCUUGGGGAGGUCGGCCAUCUUUCUAUUGCUGUAGCCGGACAGAACCUCGUCCUCAUAUAUCUUUGUUCUCGGGUCGUAACACCGUGGGUUGCAGAUUUCUGCAUCUUUGCUGCCGUUACUCUCGUCCUCGACCUGGCAUUUCAUUUGACGUUUUUCCUUGCCGUCCUAAGCGUCGACGUACAGCGAAUGGAGCUUUCCGACUCUCUCGAAAGGAUCGACCUGAAUCAACGAGCAGUUAAGAAGCGCCGGACUGAACGCCAGACCUGGCUCUCGGCAUUACGACAAGGCACAUUACCUGUCAGUACACGAUUCGCAGGAUCCGUUGCGAUCUUAUCGUUCUUGUUAGCCAUCAAUUGGCAUUUCUUUGACAGCAGUGGCCGAAAGCUUUCCGUGCACACAGUAAAGGAGAGAUUGUUCCGGAGACAAGUCAAACUAGAAGUGCCUUCAACAUGGAGUCCACCGUCUAUCAACCAGGCCCGCACCCCUGCUGAUUGGUUGCGGAUACAAGAUCAUAACACAGCAAAAGAGCUCUUUGAUUUUAUCAAGCCCGGUGCACACAGUUUUGUCGCCAGGAUCUAUGACCCAAUCCUGAUUGUGUCAAAGAACGCAACAGGUAGAGACGUCGCGCAGAAAACGUCUUCUUUGGCUGAAAGCUUUCGCCACUUCGCCCGAGGGCAUGCAUAUUCUGCUGCAUUGAUAGUUGCGUUCUUGAUAGCGGGGGUCACCUUGCUCAUGAAUUAUCUUCUCUGGACUGGUCUCCCUGAAGGUGUUGGGGAAGAAGAUGAGGAUGAGGAUGCCCUUUUUAACGUCGAAACGCUGUCGGCUGUCCAAGCGCUGGACAUAGUCCGGCUUGCCUCUUCGCCAAAGGGCCACAUCGUCAGUGUAUCGCUGGAUCGAACAACAUCAAUCUGGUAUCAUGAUCAGAACGGCUUCCGGCAGACAACAUUACAAACAGCUGCCAUGAAACCAAAACUUUGGCCCAUCGUAGCAAGCGCCAUCGAUGAUGCGAGCAACCUGCUCGCAUUGUGUAGUACCGAUGGGUUGAUAGGUCUUUGGAACCUUACCGCUGCACGAUUUUCGACGGUGCAAACCGUAGACCUGCGCGGUCAAAUACCUAUACUGCUCACGUUCACUACGAUACCACGAGCCGGCCAGGACGUCUUCACUCUUCUUCUUGUGACUGCGGACGGCUACUUGACGGAAUUUGAGACGCGAGGUGGAAAUCAUCAUACUAGAAGAAUUUGCACACGGGCUGUGCUCUGCGCUACGAUCUAUACUUCCCGCAAAGGCGAGCUCAGCGUAGUUUUCGUCACUAGAACCGGAGAAGUACACAUCUUGGCUCUCGACAGUGGUCACGAUAAGACGUCCGAAGUGGUUGCGGGCCUUGAUCCAGGGCCACCGCCCGGGAGCAACCCGUUGAAGAUACGCUGCAUUGAGGCAGUACCUGCCUUAGGCUUGAUUUUCGCGCUACGGGAUGAAGAGGCAGAGAUAUUCGACUUCAACAGCCGUGCGCUUGUCCAUGCCUUCCGAAUUGGCCACGCAAAGCCUCAUUUCUUCCGUGUCAUGCACUCAGCACCGCGGCAGUGCGCAUGUGGCGCGCCAGCUGUUCAUUCUCUUUCCGUGGCUUACGCGGAAGAGGACACUGAUCACUUGAUCAUGCAGACCUUUACGCUUGAUGAAUGUCCGACAUCUUUGAUAUGUUUAGGCAAACCCUCCGAUAAUGACACCCACACUUGCCGAGGUCUUGCUUCUGCACAGGAUAUUGUUCAUAUCGUCGAGCCAGCUGGAGCUUGGGAAGCUAUAUCAGCUGUUGGUCUGGUAGGCAUCCGAAGGUGCGACUCAGCGCUGACUCCAUCGUCAGUUGCUUCUGGUGCAGAGUAUGCGCCACCCAGGCCUUCAGCAUUAGCAUCUGCACUAUAUGAGCGUGCCGUGAGGCACGAUAUACCAUUCAAGAGCGCAAUCACAGCAACAUCGACCUCCCCAUCUACCCACAACACCGACGGCGAUGCAUGGCAGGCAUGGACACUUUCAAUGAGCGGCGAAUUCCGCUCACGCCCACUUACUUCUACCUCACACAACGACACAGACGAGCUACUCGGCGACGAUCAACUUUUUGUCGCCACUCCUGGGCCCAUCACCAAGCUCGGCAAGAGAAGCGUCGCCGUUGGCUUUGGCAACACGAUUAAAAUUAUCACGCUGGGAAAGGAAACAUUCGAUGGGUCAGGCACCAGUGUGGACCUGGGCAUGGCGAUCCACAAGUCGAAGAUGAGACGAGGACCUGGAAGAAAGCUGCAAUGA